UCAGUGCUCAGUCUUCUCACUCCUCAGUAAUCCUUUGCGCUGCAAGAGAUAAGGUUGUCUGUGUAGUAUAAGAGGUAAAAUGACAGAGAAACAAAUUAUCGAAUGCGUUCCAAACUUUUCAGAAGGAAGAGAUCAAGCUGUUAUCGAUGCCAUCAGUGAAGCAGUUCGUGGGGUGAGUGGCGUUCGUCUGUUGGACGUUGACCCAGGGCCGUCCACUAACCGUACCGUGUACACCUUCGUCGGCAGUCCCGCGGCCAUAGUGGAGGCAGCAUUGGCUGCAGCUCGCACGGCGCACCGUUUAAUUGAUAUGACUCGCCACUCUGGCUCACAUCCUCGCAUGGGUGCUCUAGACGUGUGCCCCUUCAUCCCCGUAUGCGGGGUGACGGUGGCAGAGUGCGUGAAGGUGGCCAAGGAGUUUGGCAGAAGACUUGCUGGGGAGCUCGACGUGCCCGUCUUCUUGUACGGCGACGCUGCAGACAAGGGUGACCACCGCAAGACCAUGCCGCAGAUACGGGCAGGGGAGUAUGAAAGCCUCGAAAAGAAGCUGCAAGACCCGCAGUGGCAGCCCGACUUCGGCCCCAGCGCGUUCGUGCCCCGCUGGGGGGCGACGGUGACAGGGGUGCGCAAGUUCCUCAUCGCGUACAACAUCAACCUCAUCGCUACGAAGGAGCAAGCCCACCGGAUUGCUCUGAACCUGCGCACUCAGGGCCGCGGCAACGGAGAGGUUGGUCGACUGCAGAACUGCCAGGCCAUCGGCUGGUACCUGGAGGAGAGAAACAUGGCGCAGAUCAGCAUAAAUCUCACAGACUUCGACGUCACUCCCAUCCACGUUGCAUAUGAAGAAGCCCUGAAAGACGCCGCUGCUUUGAACGUGCCCAUAACUGGCUCCGAGAUCGUUGGGCUCGUGCCCCUGCGUUCACUGCUGCAGGCGGCUGAUUACUACAUAGACCGUGAGGGCCUCUUCAUCCUGGAGGAGGAGCACAAGCUACAACUCGUCAUUAACAGGCUGGGCUUGUCCCAGCUGGCACCGUUCGUACCCAAGGAACGCAUCAUCGAGUACUGCUUGGCCGAGGGCGACCCGAGCCUGAGGAGCGUGGGGCCGCUAGGGCGUGGCAGCGUCGCUGCGCUCGUGCGGGGCGUCGCCGCGAGGACCGCAGCCCCAGGGGGAGGCUCUGUCGCCGCUGCCGUCGCCGCCCUCGGCUCUGCCCUGGGCGCAAUGGUUGGUCAACUGACGUACGGGAAGCGUCAGUGGGAAGAGCACGACGCUGCAAUGCGCUCAGCCAUUGCACCGCUGCACAGAGCUGCGUUCGAACUCCUGCCCGCCAUCGACAACGACACAAUUGCUUUCUCUAAAUACAUGAGCGCGAGUCGACAGUCUGCCAGCACUGCUAGCGAGGAAGCUCUGAAGGAGGCCGCGGUGGCGCAAGCUGCCAUCGAGACAGUUCUUGUGCCGUUGGGUGUCAUGCGGUCCAUUGACGCCGUGUGGCCACAGCUCGCUAAGGUGGCUGCACUGGGUAACAUUAACUGCAGAAGUGAUGUGCAGGUCGGGGCACGUUGUUUGGAAACUGGCGCCUGGGGGGCGUUCUACAACGUCUCAAUCAACUUGGAUAACGUCAUAGACGAAAGUCAACGUCUCUUGUUCAGUUCUGAAGCUGAAACUCUGCUGAAGAAAGCGCAAGAUGGUUGCAGACACGUUCUCAGCAUCGUUGAAAACAGAAUUGCAUAAUUUUUUAGUGUGUGGGAUUUGGGCUCCGUUGCAACGAGUCAAAUCUAGUGUCACGGCCUAAAAUAUGGUUCAUUUAUUUUCCAUGGCAACAGUGAAAAAUUUUCCUAACAAGAAGGAAUGAAAUAUAAAAUAUCUAAAUUUUUAUUAUAUGACAUAUCACCUAUUCGUGUCUUUUUCUUAUUCGAGAGAUUCGUGUACUCUCGCCGGACUCCUCAUUUAUGUAGUCGCAACGCAUUUGAAUUUAUAAUUCCAAAAGUGGCCGAAUAAAUACAGGUCUGGUCGCUCAGGUGUCAAUCAAAAAUUGAGACAUGGGACAGGCUAUUUUAAGGAGCCAUACGUUUAUUCUUCUGAUUAAGUUGAUAACAAACAAUAAAUUGAGAAUAACCAAUUAAUCACACAGUCGAACCCGUUGAGCGGUAGUAAUGGACUCAAUCGACAAUUCUACGGACCCGCCUGCGAACUCGCCAGCGGACUCGCG